UCAAAGAAUAUGCAUUAAUCAUGUUCACCAUAUAAAAAAGCAUCAGUUAAUGGAUAAUCAACAAAUUUUUACAAUUCACCUUUCUUUCAAAAAUCCCAAACCCUAAUCCUGAUAUCUCUAAACAAAUUGUCAGGAGUUGCAUUUAUCCAAGUCCAUACUUAUGUAAUUAUAAAUUUCUAUAUGUUAUUACUGUUUCUAGCCUCUAGGCGGUAGUAAUUGCUGUCCGGAAUGUAUUUUGUUUACUUGUCAGGCAGACUCUGCUUGACAUGUGAAGUCCUGCGCGCCCAAACUAAAUGAAACCACUUAAAAUCUUGUGGCCAAGAUUUCCUCAGAGGCCAAGAUUUUCACUACUGAUAGAGUUGUUCACUAUUGAUAGUGAUAAGCUAAUCUUGUGCAGCAUUUUCAAUUGUCUGGUGUACAAGUACAACCAUGGUUUUCAGCUUUUUCCCAUUCAGCAUUCUCUUCUUUUUUGUAUUGGUAACCUCAGCAAGGUUGGUAUAUUCGUUGUCAAACAAUUUUACUGAUGAGCAAGCUCUGCUUUCAUUCAAGUCCUCAAUAACAGAAGACCCCUCGGGGGUGCUAGAGUCGUGGAACAAUUCCAUCCACUUCUGUCAUUGGACAGGCGUUACAUGCAGCCGCAGGCGACAGAGAGUAACAGUACUCGACCUCUCAUCACUAAAUUUGGCGGGUACAUUGUCUCCUCAUAUUGGAAACCUCUCGUUCCUGAGGACAAUUUACCUCUUUGAAAACCGUUUUCAUGGCUUGAUUCCAAAUGACAUUGGUCGACUGUUUCGCCUACAGGAUCUUUCUCUGGGAAACAACUCUUUUCAGGGUGGAUUUCCUGCCGAAUUGCAUCGUUGUACAGAUAUCAGAUUCAUCAAUUUGCACAACAACAAUCUUCAAGGAGAAUUAGCUAUUGACUUUGCUUCUUGGUCUAAGCUUGAUUUCAUUGAUCUUAGCGAAAAUCAUAUUAGUGGAUCCAUUCCACCAUCGAUAGGAAAUGUAUCAUCACUCCGUUUGAUUUAUCUUGGUGAUAACAAUCUAACUGGUGACAUACCUUGGGAAAUGGCUCAUAUCGCAAAAUUAGAGGAUCUUGAUUUGUCAUAUAACAGAUUGUCGGGUACGAUUCCCCUACCACUUUUUAACAUAUCGUCUCUCUAUAUUGUUGGUCUUGCCGUUAACAUGUUACAAGGAACACUUCCAUCGGAUUUGGGCUUCACCCUUCCUAAGCUGCAAGAAUUUUAUGUUGGUGAGAACAAACUUUCCGGACCAUUUCCACCGUCAGUUGUUAAUGCGUCUAAUCUACAUUAUCUUUGAUAUCAUUGAUAACUGUAUUGUUGGGCCUAUACCAAACAA